AUUCUGUCGUCGUCACUCGCGUGAAAACACCGAGCAGGGGAGACGAGGGAAGAAACCGGCACGACUAUUUAAAAUAACGAAUAUUCCCAUAAACAAUACUGUAAAAUUUCUAGUACUAUUGUCGGAAAUUACUCUGUUUGGCCUGUCGAUUUUGAAAUGUUAUCGUUUAGGUUCUCGUGGGCGUUAAAGGAGUUUUGCAAACCCAAUCUAAGGCUCAUUUGGAAAAAUAAUUCGGAUCAUACAGUAACCGCCGGAGGAUGCGCAUCUUCAUAUGGACGGUCCUUGUGCACGCAGACAGAUGCGAGCAACGAGAAGAGAAGGAAGGCAGGCAUUUUGCCCAGCCUGGAAGAUCUGCUGUUUUACACCAUUGCAGAAGGCCAGGAGAAAAUUCCAGCUCACAAAUUUACCACGGCACUGAAGGCCACAGGUCUGCGCACUGGAGACCCUCGUCUUAGGGAGUGUAUGGAGAUGUUAAAGGUCACCCUCAAGACCACUACAGAUGGUGCUCUGGAUCGACAUCUCUUCAAAAAGUGUGUGCAAAGCAACAUUGUGUUGCUAACACAGGCUUUCCGGAAAAAGUUUGUCAUUCCCGACUUUCAGUCGUUCACCUCUCACAUCGAUCAAAUUUACGAGAGCGCUAAAUCAAUGUCGGGUGGCCAGGUGGCAGAUUACAUUCCUCAGCUAGCGAAAUUCAGUCCUAAUCUCUGGGCCGUUUCUCUCUGCACUGUAGAUGGUCAACGAUACACUGCGGGUGACACGAAAGUUCCAUUUUGUCUGCAGUCGUGUGUGAAACCGUUAAAAUACGCAAUUGCGGUUCACGAUCACGGCACCGAAUACGUGCACCGCUUUAUAGGGAAGGAACCCAGCGGCCUUCGUUUCAACAAGCUCUUCCUUGACGAAGAAGAUAAACCUCACAAUCCCAUGGUAAACGCUGGCGCUAUAGUUUGCACUUCCCUUCUCAAGCAAGGUGGAGGCAAUGCUGAGAAGUUUGAUUAUGUGCUGAACUUUAUGAAGAAGUUGGCUGGAAAUGAGUAUGUUGGUUUUAGCAAUGCUACGUUUCAGUCAGAGCGAUUGUCAGGUGACAGAAAUUUUGCCAUUGGUUACUACUUGAAGGAGAAGAAGUGUUUCCCGGAGGGUACAGACAUGAUUUCCAUCCUGGACCUUUACUUCCAGCUGUGCUCCAUUGAGGUAACCUGUGAAAGUGCCAGUGUGAUGGCAGCUACCCUGGCGAAUGGCGGUUUCUGUCCAAUCACGGGCGAGCGUGUGCUGAACCCCGAGGCCGUACGAGACACUCUGAGUCUAAUGCACUCUUGCGGCAUGUACGACUUCUCCGGACAGUUCGCUUUCCAUGUUGGUCUCCCGGCUAAAUCAGGUGUUGCGGGAGGCAUCCUGCUGGUAGUGCCCAAUGUGAUGGGCAUCAUGUGUUGGUCUCCUCCUCUUGACAAAUUGGGCAACAGUGUGCGGGGAAUCCAGUUUUGCACGGAUCUGGUCCAGCUCUUCAAUUUCCACAAUUAUGAUAAUUUACGCCACUUUGCCAAGAAACUGGAUCCACGCAGAGAGGGCGGAGAACAACGGGUCAAGUCCGUUAUCAACCUGCUGUUCGCAGCCUACACAGGGGACGUGUCCGCUCUGAGGAGGUUUGCUCUCUCGUCGAUGGAUAUGGAGCAGAGAGAUUACGACUCGAGGACGGCUCUUCAUGUAGCUGCCGCUGAAGGUCACGCUGAGGUUGUGCGUUUUCUUCUAGAAGCCUGUAAGGUGAACCCGGAGCCCAAGGACAGGUGGGGCAACACUCCCAUGGACGAGGCCAUUCAUUUUGGCCAUCAUGAUGUCGUGACAAUCCUAAAGGACUAUCACACCACCUACAGCCCCAAGGAGAGCACCGCCGACAGCGAAAAAGAGACCGCCGAGAAGAACCUGGAUGGCAUGCUGUAGAGUUAAAACACUUAUUUUUCCCAUUGAGUCUGCCUGUCUGAGGUACGCAUUUAUAUGCAUUUAUUUAAGAAGAAAACUUACAAAUGAGGGGGGAAAAAGAGUCCCUUUACUCUGUUUUGUGGUGUGUGUGUGUGUGUGUGUGUAACCUCUGUUACCAUGGUAAUUUUGUUUUAUAGUACACUCGUACGGUAAAUGUAGGAAUGUAGCGUCAUAAAGGUCUUAUUUAGAUGUAUAUCCAUGUAAACAAACAAUAUAAUUUCAUAUACUCAAAACAAGCAUAUAUAAAAAGUGUAUAUGAACAUUCAUUUACAGUUUGAGAAUCUUGAUAGAUGAUGUCAGAAACGGCAGAGGGAAGCAUUGGGUGUGAUGUCAUUUGGAAUUUAUUUUUAUAUUUUUAUUUUUUCUUUAUCCUCUACUUUAGUCUUAACUUGGUUAUAAAUCAACAGUAGUAGUUAUUUAUGCCUUUUUGAUUGUGUAUCAUCUUGUGAACAUGUUCCAAAUAUGACACUGUUCUUUGAAUGUCAAAAAUAAUUGCACUUUUUUAAUUAAUUUUUUAUUAUAUUUAUUAUUUAUUUGUCUUUUCAAAUAUUUUUACAAAUGCAAUUAUAGUAACACUAAAGGUGCGUUUUUUUCUCUCUCUUUCCAAGUACGUUUUAUCAGUUUUACAAUUUGUUAACAUUAGGCAUCAUAAAAAUUUAUUUAUUUGUUAUAUAAUUUAACGUUUUAAUAAAUGUAGUAAAUUGACAAUAACCAGGAUUAAUAAAUGCUGUAACUAAAGGAU